CUCUCUACGUCUCAACCACCCAACAAAAAUCAACUCUGGUUUCCCACACUCUCUCUUUCUUGGACCGGCCUCCUCCAUUUCCCGCCGCUCUUUCUCCAACUAUCUCUUUCAUCAUCUUCAUCACCGUCAUCAUCUCUCUCUAAUUCCUAACCCUAAUUAGCCCCCCUCUUAUUCAUCAGUUCUCUCAUCCUCGCAUGAGAAAACCCUGAUUCUAUUACGCAAGAUUGAAUUUUGAUGUAAGAUACAGCUUCCUUCAGAUUAAAAACCAGCCUCUUAUUGAUGGGGAGUGAUGCUUCUGAAGCUAUACAAAUACCACAAAAUUCUUCCUGCGUAAAGGUACACGAUUCAAUUUGCUGGGAGCUUAAAAAGAUUUUGGAUAAAAUCAUUGCUAUUCUUCCUGCAAUAGAAUCAGCUCGACCAGGAUAUACUGCUGGAAUACAAGAACUAUGCUGUUUAAACAACACAAUUGAGAAAGCAAAGCUUCUUAUUCAGCACUGUGCUGAAUCUAGCAAGCUCUACUUGGCAAUCACUGGAGAAUCAGUUGUUUUAAGAUGUGAAAGGAUAAGGAGUUCAUUGAACAAAAGUCUAUGCCAUGUUCAGAAUAUGGUUCCACAAAUGCUAGCUGAUCAGAUAUCUGGUGUUCUAGAUUAUCUACGAGAAGCAAGGUUUGUCAUUGAUCCCGAUGUAGAUGAAGCUGGCAAGGCUAUGCUAGAAUUGCUUGGACAAACUGACUCAAGUGAAGAGCUUGAACUUAAUGCUUUCCAGAUUGCAGUUGCAUGUUUGAAAAUAACAUCUCCUAAGGCCCUUUUAAUAGAGAGAAGAUCUAUUAAAAAGUUACUUGAGAAAAUUCAUGGGAGUGAUCCUAAAAAGGAAAGGAUCCUCAACUACUUUUUGUUUCUUAUAAAAAAGUAUGGGAAAAAAGUGAACACCUACAGUGUGGAGCAUAAGGAUAACCUUCCAGAAGAUAAAUGUUCGAAUAUGUUUACAAUUUCUCCACCCAAUUUUGGUACCCAUGAAACUAGUGAUGAGCAUAACCAUGUUGGUGAGACUCAAAAAGAUUCAAUUGUGAGCAAUGUACCUCAGGAAUUCUGUUGUCCAAUUUCAUCAAGAUUGAUGUAUGAUCCAGUGGUCAUAGCUUCUGGGCAAACUUUUGAGAGGGUAUCCAUAGAGAAAUGGUUUAGUGAGGGACACGAUACUUGUCCAAUGACCCUAAAGAAAUUGAAGGACCUUUAUAUGAUUCCAAAUUCUAGCAUGAAAGAUCUCAUUUCUAACUGGUGCAGAAAGCAUGGUAUCAAUUUGGAGGAUCCCUCAGUACCGAUUCAAUCUUGGGACGCUUCAAAUUGCAGUUCUAUAUCAAGCUUGAGGAAUGUUUCUGCAGCCCUUUUAGAUGGAAAUAGUGGAAAAUUCAUGCUUCAGAGUGAUCACAGCAGUGCAUCAUUUAUCUCUUCUGAUGCUAGCUACUGUUCAGAUUCAUCCCACACCAAACGAGUGGACAGCCUAAAUGAUGUCCGUGCUCAUUUAUUCUCUUCGAGUGAUGAUUAUUUAAGAUGCGAAUCAUUUUCGAACUUUACCCAUGAUAUGUACUUGAGAUUCUUUUCCCGGGUUUGUGAGCUUCCGUUGAAUCACCAAGACAAAGCAAUCAAGGAUUUGGAAAGCCUAUUUGUUAGUGACGAGGAGUUGUGCUAUGCGAUGCUUUCCAACGGUUUUGAGGAAGCACUGAUGACUUUCCUGAGGGAUGCAUCCAACUUGCGUGAUAUUCAUGCACAAAGAACUGGAGCUCAGAUCUUUCUUGCCUUUUUGAGUAAUACUAGGGUAGAAAUUCCAGCUCUGAGUGAAGACACAUUUCAGUUGUUGACUUCUUUUCUUGAAUCCGAGAUAACCUUUGAAGCUCUGAUGAUUCUACAAACACUCUCCCAUCAUCCAAACUCCAAGUCCAUUAUGACAGUAUCCGAUCUUCCUCCUUCAAUUGUAAAAAUCCUCGAUCAUGAAGACCACAGGUUUCUUGAUCUAAGCAUCAAGAUCCUCUUUGAUAUCUCAUCACAUACUGACCUAAGACCUCAUAUUAUAUCAUCUGGAUGCAUACAAAAGCUAGUUCCUCUUUUGCAUGAUGGAAGACUGGCAGAACUUUGUUUAAAGAUUCUACAUAACCUGAGUGAUAUUAAAGAGGCUACGGUAUUGAUAGCUGAAACUGACGGGUGUAUUGCUUCCAUAGUAGAGCUUCUUGAAACUGGUAAUCACGAAGAACAAGAGAACGGGGUUGCUAUUCUUCAUUCUUUAUGCUCUCAAAGUUUGGAAUACUGUCUGCUCGUAAUGAAGGAAGGUGUCAUUCCAUCCCUUGUCAAUAUCUCUGUUAAUGGCAAUGCCAAGGGGAAAGAGAACUCUAUGAAGUUGCUCCAUCUUCUGAAAGAUCUUCGUCUUAGUGGCAGUUUUGAGAUUUCAGAUCCUCAGUCUGAAUCAACAUCUGAACUAGCAUCAGAGGAAUCAGUUGACUACUGUGUAAUAAAGCAACCGAGUUCUAAGUCUUCUGGAUUUUUCAGGAAGAAAAUGAGGUUUUUCUUGAAACCCAGAGCGGUCCCUCUCUCCUGAGCUGUUGACAAGUGACAGGUAUGAUAAUUUUGUAAAUAUAGUUGUGCCCUGACCAUUUGUGAUGAGGCAAAAAACUAAAAAAAUAUUGUUGCACUGAUGCAAUUUUUUGGGGGAAUACUUUGGAGUGAUGUUAUGUUCAUCCCCUUGUGCUUCCCUUUAGCAUAUGUUGUUUGUACAUACUGUUUUGAUUGCUUAGUCAGAGUGUAAAUUUGAUUUUGGUCUUUCAACGAAGCUGUAGCUUAUUGCA